AUGUCAACUCCAAUUGAGGGGUCAGAUCGCGCGAGUGACAGGGUUUCUUCAAGGUCAACCGCAAGCAAGCGCGGGACCCCUAACAAGAGAUGGAAACCCGACUAUGAUAAUUUCCUGAUUCCACUCCUGGUGGAGCAAGCUCGAAAGGGACUCAAGUGUGAUAAGUCUUUCAAACGAGCAGCGUUUGCCUUUGCUGCCGUACAAGUCAAUGCUAGGUUUGGUACAACUUUCACUGCCGAGAACGUGGAGAAUCACUACAGGACAUUGAAAGCACGUUAUGGCGAGAUAAAAAAGGCAAAGGAUUUGAGUGGUGCAGGGUGGGAUGAUGCAACCAAGACUAUCACACUCGACCCUGUUGUAGCGUUCACAUACACAGAGGCACACCCUGCUGCAAGGGCCUUCAUCAACAAACCAAUUGAAAAUUAUGAAAACUUGAGGAUCAUUUGCGGUGAUGAUUAUGCAACAGGGUACUAUGCGACAUCCAUGUUUUCUGAAUUUGAGGUACCCUCGGAACAUGAGGACGACAACCCUGACAAUGGUGACUCUCCCCCAAUGGACCAUGGCAGCGAUGAGGAUUGCGAUGUUCAUUCUGCUCCACCUAUUGUUAACAGUCCUGCCACUUCAUCCACCCCAAGAUCACAGCGUUCAAAUAGGGGUCCGAAAAAUAAUAGCAUGAUGGGUGACCUACUUGUUGUCGUUGGUGAGAUGGCUGAUGCAAUCAAGAACCCAACCCAUUGGACUGAAACUUUAUAUACAAAGGUCAUGGAGGUCGAGGGUUUUGAUGAGCAGGUGUUGGUUGAUGUUUUUGACUAUCUUCGGGCGCGCGAAGAUGAAGCCAGGGGAUUUAUGCCGAAGAAAAUGGCGUUGCGCGUUGAUUGGAUCGAGAAAUACCUGUCUCAGAUGGAGUGA